GGGACACAGUUUGGGCCGUGACAGUAUCAAGGGGGCAAAGUCCAGUUUUUCCUCUAGGCAAUUGCUGGGCUGCCAUGAGCCAAGUUUCACGAGAGGUGAUAGCUCUCUGCAACAGAAACAGCAUUUUAUGUGACAGUCAAAACAAAGAAACCCCAGGCUUCAGUUAGACAGGCUUGAGCCCUUGAUUUGCAGAAUGGAUUCAAUCCUUUCUGUACUCGGUUCCUAUCUGAACUGGGAUGUCAAAAGCCUUCUGCUCUUCUCUGUAAUCUUUAUCCUCACCGCCGAUUAUUUCAAGAACCGUCGGUCAGGCAGCUUCCCUCCAGGACCCCGGGGACUUCCUAUUGUGGGCAACAUGUUCUCUGUGGAUUACCAAAGGACCCAUGAGAGUAUGACAGAGUUAGCAGGGACAUAUGGAGAUGUGUACAGCCUGAGAAUGGGUCAGUCAUGGAUGGUGGUGUUAAACAGGUUUGAGGUUCUGAAAGAAGCUCUGGUUACUCAGGGAGACAGUCUAUCAGACCGCCCGGACCUCCCUUUGUUCGUUGACAUGUCCUCUGGACUAGGUAUUGCUUUCAGUAAUGGCAACACAUGGAAGCAGCAGAGGCGUUUUGCACUUUCAACCCUCAAAUAUUUUGGAUUUGGCAAGAAGUCCCUUGAGCCCAUCAUCUUGGAUGAAUUUUCGUAUUGUGCAAAAGACAUCAAAAGCUACAAUGGAAAGCCAUUCAAUCCACAUCUCCUCAUCAACAACGUCGUCUCCAACAUCAUUUGUUCCCUUGUUUUUGGUCAUCGCUUUGAGUAUGGUGAUAAGGAAUUUACAAAACUGAUGGAGUGGUUUGACAAAGGUCUCGAGAUUGAAGGCACCAUUUGGACACAGCUUUACAACUCGUUCCCUCGGUUGAUGAGAUGUUUGCCAGGGCCUCAUCAGACAGUCCAGCACAUCUGGGACGAUGUGAAGGACUUCAUAAGAGUAGAGAUUAAGAAGCACAAACAAAACUGGGAUCCCUCAGACCCAAGAGACUACAUUGACUGCUUCCUGAACGAGAUUCAGAAGGGCAAGGGGCAGGCUGACAAUACCUUUGAUGAGGAAAAUCUGGUUGGGUCUGCCUGGGAUCUGUUUCUGGCUGGAUCUGAGACAACCUCCACUACCCUGCGAUGGGCUUUCCUCUUCAUGGCAAAGUACCCUGAGAUGCAGACAAAGGUCCAGGCUGAGAUAGACAGAGUGAUUGGACAGUCCAGACAGCCCUCCAUGGAAGAUCGUGCUAACCUGCCCUACACUGACGCCGUCAUACACGAGAUCCAGAGGAUGGGUAACAUACUUCCUCUCAACCUGCCUCAUGUUACCAACAGGGACGUCCAGCUGGGAGGCUACACAAUCCCAAAGGGAGUAACUAUAAUCCCCAAUCUGACCUCGGUGCUGUACGACAAGAAUGAAUGGGAGACGCCAAACACCUUCAACCCAGGACACUUUCUGAACAAGGAGGGAAAGUUUGUGAAGCAAGCUGCUUUCAUUCCGUUCUCUGCCGGUAAACGGCAGUGUCUCGGGGAGAACCUGGCAAAGAUGGAGCUUUUCCUGUUCUUCACAUCCUUCAUGCAGCACUUUAACUUCUCCAUGCCUGCUGGGGUGAAACCUGUAUUGGAUUUUCGCUUUGGCAUUACUCUAGCACCCGUUGAAUAUGAAAUCUGUAUAACCUCACGCUAGGAUUUUACAAAAACUAUUUUUCUUUUAUCAUAAAUAUAGUAAAAUUACAUUUUGAAUCUCUACAUGUCCAAGAGGACAUUGAUCCACUUUCUAUAACUUACCUUUUGUUUUGGGAAAUCUGAAGAUACAUUCUAGGUUACUGAUUAGAUUAUACAGUAGGCUUUAUAUAGUAUUUUGCAGGAUGUCUAAUGAUUUUACAAAUGCAAUUGUAGUUAAGCUCAGAGCAAUUCUGUUUGUGAAAGGUCCGGGCUGUGAGAUUUUUAUCUUUGUGUUUUUGACUGUUGAUUGGACCAAAUAAACAAUACUACAAAUCUU